UUAUCUGCAUGCGUAUGCGCGGUAUUAUACCACGUGCAACGUGAUCGAUAUCACUUCCCACGGCCCCAAGGAGAACCGAGGCGGUUAACUCUGAAUCUUUGAUAAAUUUCUUCAUUUUCAGUCAGUCAAAGUAAUGGCAGUCAAGAACGUAAAGAAGCAGAAGUUUUCAUGAGAGGUGCAAACGAAUCACUUAACUUGAUUGCUACCCGAUGACGGUGGCUGCUUCAGUUUAUGAGCUGUCAACGCUGGUAUGUGUGACCUGGUUCAACGCACUGAUGCUGUACUCCUGUCUUGAUCCCAUAGACAAGGGUUGGAGCAACUGGGUCAUGGCAAGGCUCAAAUUGCACCAAAGAAGAAUGCCAAGGCCCAAAAGGUGAAGCCAGUCAAAAAGCAGGAACCUGCAAUGGAAGAGAGCAGCAGUGAGGAAGAAGAAGAAAUGGAGGUCAUGCAACUAUUGGAACCAACCAAGAAAAAGGUGACCAAACAGAUGCUGGCCAAGAAGACAGCCACCGCGGCCAAAACAACACCGGCCAAAAAAGGACAGGCCAAAACAGUGGCAGCCAAGAAGAAAGUGCCAACAAAGGUUGAAGAGUUUGAAGAUGACGAGGAUGACGAUAGUGAGGAGGAAGAGAGUGAGGAAGAAGAACCUCCAAAGAAAGUCAUCAAGGCAGUGACCAAGGCCAAACAGCAAGCUCCUGCAGAAGAGGAAGAUGAUGAUGAUGAAGAUGAGGAUGAAGACGAUGAAGACGAUGAUUGGGAUGAAGAUGAUGAAGAAGACAUCAGUGAGGAGGAAGAGAUUCCUCCCAAGAUGUUGAGCAAACAACUCAAAGGGAAGGCCAAGCCACCUCCACAGAUGGAUAUUGAUGACGAUGAUGACGACGACGAAUAUGACAGUGACGAAGAGGAUGAAGAAGAUGACAGUGAUGAGGAAGAAGAGGAUGAAGAACUCACAAAAGUCCAACAGGUCAAGGGUAAGGUCACGAGUGCUAAAGCAGUUGCAAGGAAGGCCGAAGUAGAAGAUGACAAAGAUGAUGAUGAUGAUGAGGAUGACGAAGAUGAAGAAGAUGACGAUGAAGAGGAGGAAGAUGAAGAGGAGGAGGAAGAGGCGGCUCCACCCCUAAAAAAGAAGAAGAUGGCACAAGGGGAUGCAGAGACAACUAAGAGCAAGAAAGAGACAGUAGGAGGAGAGGUCAUUUCCAUCUUCAUCGGUGGCAUCGCCAAGGGAACAGCAGAUGAAGACGUGGAGCAGUUCUUUACUUCUAACGGUGUACAGGUCAUGAAUGCAAGGGUCAUCCCAAACAAAUCGUUUGCCUAUGUCGACGUCACAUCAGAGAAGAUGUUCAAGAAAGCUAUUGCGUUGAAUCAUCAACAAAUCAAUGGGUCUGAAAUCCGAUUGGAACGAGGCAAGAAUAAGUCCACUGGUGCCACUCCUAGCUUUGGGCCGAGAGAUAAUUCCAAUGACAGGACCUUGUUCGUCAAGGGUCUUAGCUACGACACGACAAAAGAGACACUCCAAGAGAAAUUCCAGUGCCAGGAAGUGCGUAUGCCCAUGAGAAGUGGGAGACCAGGGGGAUACGCAUACAUGGAAUUUGAGAGCGAGGCUGAGGUAGAGAAAGCCAUGAAGGAAAUGCAAGGUGUUGAGAUUGAUGGCUGGAACAUCAUCUUAGAUUACGUUGGGGACAAGAGUACCAAUAAGAGGCCAGUAACCGGUGGCUCUGAGAACCGAACGCUCUUCGUCAAAGGACUGACCGAUGACAUGACGGAGGAAGAUCUGAUGGAGAAACUGGGAGCAGUUGAAGUACGCAGACCUAACAAACGAGGAGAGCCUGGCAGUAAAGUAGACUUUGCCUAUGCUGACUUUGCAUCGGAGGCUGCUGCCCAGCAAGCGAUGGUGGAUAACCAAGGGAUUACUCUGAAGGGGGCCUUCCUGACUUUAGACUUUGCCCAGAACAAAAGACGGAGUGAUGGCGGAGGCAGUGGUGGAGGAGGAGGAGAUCAGCAAUUUGACAAGAAGACGCUGUACAUCCGAGGUAUGUCUGAGGACAUAACAAUAGACCGUCUACAGAAUGUCCUCGGUGCUGAUUCUGUCAGGAUUCCCUUGGAUAGAGAGACUAACCAACCGAAAGGGUUUGCAUAUGCUGAAUUCAGAAGUGAGAGCCAGGCUAGUGCUGCAUUAAACAAACACAAUGGCUCAGACCUAGAUGGCUACACCUUGAACAUCGACUAUGCUAAGGCACGAAAAAGCUUUGGAUCUCCAAGAGGAGGACGAGGGAGCUUUGGGGGUGGAUUCCGUGGUGGCCGUGGAGGUGGUGGACGUGGAUUUGGUGGAGGUGGUGGACGUGGAUUUGGUGGAGGUCGCGGAGGUCGUGGUGGACGUGGCGGUGGCUUCAGAGGAGGCCGAGGAGGGCGUGGUAAAUCCAAUAAUCCCUCAAAGAGUUACCUGAGGUUUUGGUGCAGGGCGGGGAAAGAAGACAAUCUUUGAUUGAAUCGGAGCUUAUUAACAUUGACUGUAACAAAAGCUACACAUUGACAAACCUACUCUUUGACAUCUCUAUGUAAACAGUAAUUUGGAAAAAGUACAGUGAACUUCUGAGUGGAGAUCUUAAGUUAAUCUGGGUUGUUUCAGCACAUAAUCUGGGUUGUUUCAGCACAUAAUCUGGGUUGUUUGAGCACCAUUGAGGCAUAAAUGGAUCCAGUGAAGUCAUCAGAUGUUAUGUGUACUUAGAGAAAUCUUUGCUGUGAAGCUGCAGACUUGGUCCAGUCUCAUCUGCCUUUCUACUAUUUCUGCCUGAUAGUUAUGAGCUGUGUAUGGACAGCCACCACCGUACCUUGAAUUAUCAAAGAUAACCUUUGAAUUGGAAUUCUUGAAUUUCAAAAUACUUCUUGAAUUCACUUUUUAGCACUAGUUUUAUUGAAAAGUUUAGUUGACGUAUUUUAAUUUUCGAAUGCGUUUGUGAAUGCAUGUACAUGUACAUGCAUUGGUAGAGCACAACUGAAGCAUUCACCUUUUUUCUUUUAGAAAUGUCCGAUUUUGAAUACAGGUACAAUGGAAUUUUAUAUUCUUUUCGAUAUCCACUUGUUGUCUAUUCAUGCUUUAAAUUUGGCAAAAUCAUUUUUCCUGUUGUGAACUAGUUAUGUACAUGUUCCUAAAAUUAUUAGAGAGAUUGCCUCUCGGUUUAAUAAAAAAGGAAAUGGUUGGAGCACAGUG